CCGGGCCCGCGACCCGGAAGCUGUACCCCGCGGACAGCAGGCGGGUAUCCCUGAGGAAGUUGGGGCUCCAGAACGCGGUGGCUCGGCCGCCUAAGCCUGCGUCGCCGCGGGCCGAGGCCGUCGGCAGGGUCCCCAAUGAGUCCGGUCCACGCUAACCUGGGCGCGCGGCCCCCGGCGACGAGCGCCCGGAUCCCGGCCGCCACUGAGCGCCAGCGUAACUGUCUCCGCCGCCCUCCGAGCCUGCUGGGAGACCCUCGGCCAGGGCAUUCAGGACCCGCGGAGCUUCGCUCCAGGACAGGUUCUCCCCCUCUGGAACCGGCUGGUGGAGGGCUCUGGUGACGGCGGCCUGAGAAACAGGACUGCUCCGGUCGCUUUGUAGUGCCUGUAGGACUUCAAGAGCCCUAAUCUCGGCGGAAUCUCUGCAUGGAAGCCCAGAUCAUCUGUCAGGAUCACAGUUCAUGCCCCCUUAUCUGCAGUAAAAUUGAAGUAAAUUGAAAGGGGGCCGUCAUCUAGAGAAGCCUUACUUCUUUCAGCCAUGAAGGCAGAGACCAAGCCUCCGACCCAGGAGACCCUACCUGAGUCCUGCUGUAACCUCUGUAAUCUGUGGAGUAGCCGGAAGCUGAUGGCUGUGGGGGUCUUGCUCGGCUGUAUCCUGGUCAUCCACCUUCUGGUCAAUGUGUGGCUUCUGUGCCUUCUCUCUGCUUUAUUCAUGGUGCUGGGAGGGUGGCUGGGCUCCAGUGCCAUUGUGGGCGCUUCAGGUCAACUGCACUUGGAACGCUUCAUUCCAGUGGCCACCUGCCCUCCGUGUCCCGAGGCAGAAAGACAGCUGGAACAGGAGAUCGACCGCACCAUCCAGAUGAUUAUUCGUGAUUUUGUGUUAUCCUGGUAUCGUUCCGUGAGCCAGGAGCCAGCCUUUGAGGAAGAGAUGGAAGCAGCCAUGAAAGGGUUGGUACAGGAGCUUCGGAGGAGAAUGGGCAUGGUGGACACCCAUGCUCUUGCCCAGAGGGUUCUGACUCUCUGUGGUUGUCACCUGCAGAGCUACAUUCAGGCAAAGGAGGCCACUGAAGAGAAGCAGAGUAGCCCAGUUCAGCCUUCCCAGCUCUGGGAGGCGUACUGCCAGGCUACUGCCCCACAUCCUGCUGUGCACAGCCCUAGUGCUGAGGUAACACAUACACGUGGCAUUGUGAAUUUGUUGCUUCAAGGUCUGGUGCCCAAGCCCCACUUGGAAACUAGGACUGGACGCCAUGUAGUGGUCGAACUCAUUACUUGCAGUGUAAUCUUACCACUGAUCAACAAGCUGACAGAUCCUGAUUGGAUCCACCUUAUACUUGUGGGUAUCUUUUCCAGGGCCAGAAAUGAUCCCGUACAAGCAGCUAAAACACUCUGCACCCCUGGUGCUCUGGAGCAACCCUCAGUGCCCAUAUCUCUGCCACUGAUUCUUGAGGUGGAGAAUCUGCCAAAAGGGAGAGACCCUUCCCCAGGAGCAGCCACAGUGCUUCUAAACUACAGUGAAGCAGGCCCUUCCCCCGAGAUUGAAGAAGGCCAUGAAGCUAUAGAGGCAGAUUUGGGUGGGUUGCUUGAAGAAAGAAAAGUAGGAAACAACUCAUCUCAUUUUCUGCACCCAAAUAUUCGAGGCCCCUUGUUCUUAUGUGAAGACUCAGAGCUGGAGUCUCCCCUCUCUGAACUGGGUAAAGAAACCAUCAUGCUAAUGACCCCAGGCAACUUCCUCUCUGACAGGAUCCAUGAUGCUCUGUGUGCCCUAGAAGAUACUCAGGUUCUGGAUCCUAAGGAUGGUGAGGGAUCUGAGGGCACUGAAGGAACAGAGGCUGAGGAGGGUCCAGGGACAGAAACGGAGUCAGGUCUGCUGGUAUCUGUGCUAAAUUCCUGCCCAGAGAUCCAGAUUGACACUGCAGACAAGGAGGUAGAACAAGAUGUCACCUCCCUUACAGCUUUGCUGGAAGAACCAGUAAAGACCUACCCUGCACGACCCUCGUGCUUAGAGAAGGAUCUCACAGAUGGUAUGAAUUCCCUGGAUCCUACUUUGCCACAAGUGUCACUUUCCUCCUCUCCACCUGGUCCUCUCAGCUCAGGCACCUUCAGCUUUGAGCCCCUGAGCAGUCCAGAUGGGCCAGUUGUCAUCCAGAACCUUCGUAUCACUGGCACCAUUACUGCCCGAGAGCACAGUGGCACUGGAUUCCACCCAUACACGCUCUACACUGUGAAGUACGAGACAGCCCUUCACAGUGAGAACAGCAGUGCCCUGCAGCAGCUGGCCUACCACACUGUAAAUCGCCGCUAUCGGGAGUUCUUGAACCUGCAGACCCGUCUGGAGGAGAAACCAGAUCUACGGAAGUUCAUCAAAAAUGUAAAGGGUCCAAAAAAGCUCUUUCCAGAUCUUCCAUUUGGAAACAUGGACAGUGACAGAGUAGAAGCCCGUAAGAGCCUCCUGGAAUCGUUCCUAAAGCAACUCUGUGCCAUUCCUGAGAUUGCUAACAGUGAGGAGGUACAAGAGUUCCUUGCUCUGAACACUGAUGCUCGUAUUGCGUUUGUCAAGAAACCGUUCCUGGUCUCUAGAAUAGACAAGAUGGUGGUGAGUGCCAUCGUAGACACGUUGAAGACAGCGUUUCCUCGCUCUGAGCCCCAGAGCCCCACGGAGGAGCUGAGUGAGGCUGAGAAUGAAAGCAAGCCACAGACAGAAGGCAAGAAGCCUAGCAAGCCGAGACUGAGGUUCUCAUCCAGCAAAAUUGCUCCAGCACUGCAUGUGACAGAAGCACACGACAGGAUUCUCUAUUGUCUCCAGGAAAGCAAUGCGGAGUCAGAGAUCCUGUCCAUGUCUGGAAUGGAAUCCUUUAUUAAAAAGCAGACAGAAUUACUGGAAAUCCAAUCAACAGGAGCCCCAGGACAAAUCCCCAAGAGAUAUGUGGACAGUUGCUUGUCAGGUGCAGCUGUGCCAGCCCAAGACCUGAGCAGCAGUGAUCCAGGAGCAGAGACAGAGUUAGCUGACACAGCCCUGGAUCUGAUCUUCUUGCUCUUGAUGCAGCAGUGGAAAUGGCUGUGCACUGAAAACAUGCAGAAAUGUCUCCAUCUUGUCUUUGGAACCCUUGUUCAGAGGUGGCUAGAGGUGCAGGUGGCUAAUCUAACAUGUCCACAGCACUGGGUGCAGUACCUCCAGCUUCUUCAAGAGUCCAUCUGGCCCGGUGGAGUCUUGCCUAAGCUUCCACGACCUGUGAGGACUCAGGACCAGAAGGUGGCUACUGAGAAACAGGCUUUGCAGAGCCUUAUGGGAAUCCUGCCAGAUUUUUUAGUAGAAAUCCUAGGAGUGAACAAAUGCCAGCUGAGCUGGAGGCUUGUUUUGGAGUCCCUACAGCAACCCCUCAUCAACAGACAUUUGAUUUUCUGCCUUGGUGACAUCAUCCUGGAGUUCCUGGGUCUCUGUGCCUCUGCUGAAGACUCUGCCUCAACCACCACCUCCUCAGAUGCCCCACACAGCCCCAAGAGGACGGGUCUCCCCUCUUAGUGGGGCUACUCACGCCUUCUCCCAAGGUCAGGCAAGGGAACUUACUCAGCCCCCGUGUCCUGUCAGAACACCUAUGCCCUGGGGACUGGGGUGUGGCUCAGAAGGCCUGCACUUCAGUGGCUCACUUCUCCUGGUCGUACUCCAGUUGUUGCAGGUGACAAGGGGAUCUAUAUAUAUAUCAAUUGUAUGUAUAGCCAUUUCUGUAGCUUUUUGUGGGUUGUUGCUAAUAGGUAGAUCCUGUUUGCUUUGAAGGAGGAAGCUAUGAAAUAAAGGAUUGAGCUCCUUUCCUUCUCUUUUUGCCUUGCUCCCUAAGAUUGUUUGCCACAAGCCUGGCCCUGUGCAUAUGUGUGCCUAAUUCACCAACACACAAGCUCUGGAUAGAACAGGGAGGAAAAAACUAAAGCCAGGUUUCCUUGGAGGAGAAAAUAAUCUUUUGAGCUUUGUUCUACCUGAACUGAAAAGUCACUCAGGGCCACUCUUGAAAGUACCCCAAAUCCUACCCAGUUUUCUCACAAUUCUAAAAGAAGAUGGAAGAAAAAUAUUUCUCAAGGGACAUCUCGCUUAUUGGCUGUUUUUCAGCCUAGCAGCCAUAUGGAGAUGUCAUGAAGGCAGCUUUCCUGGGAGGCUACCCUUUUCCUGUCCAGAAGGCUUCAAAGCAAACUGCCAGAGCUUCUGGUAAAUCCGCCCUGCCCUGCACACCCUUUCCUGAAAGGGAGUUGCACCACAGAUUUUAUGAGCUUUCCUCCCAGCCCCCUGCUCAAGAGCCCUUGAGCAUUUGGAUUUCUGACUUUCCCUCUGUCUUCAGCAAAAUCACAUGGCAUUAUGUAUUCAGCCUCAGUGUUUCCAAAGAGAAAGGAAAGCUCUGGCUACAUGGAUGAGAAAGGCCAGAGAAUAGAAAGCUGGGGGAUAAGGGGCCUCCUUCACAAAUCUUUGGCAGGAAACUUUUAUUCUGAACAGAUAGUAAUAGCAGAUGUACAGAGAACAGCCUUUGCUUCCUGGUCCUUAAGGAUCUAGUCUUAACACAGCAUGGAGGUAAAGGUGCUCUGUGCAUUGUAUUGUUCCCUAGAAAGAUGGAACAGUUCAGAGGAACUGCUGAUAUGAUAGAAAAGGAGGCAGACAGAGUCCCAGGGAAGUGCUGCCCACUAAAUGCAUGUGAGUGACUGGCAGGAGAGGUUUUUGGGGUACCACUGGGACAUACAUCACUGUCCCCUCAGCCCUGCUUUCAGGAACCAUAAGCUCCUCCCACCUGGAGAAGGUUCCUGGAGUUACUCUGGUGAGAAUGGGGUGGGCCAUCAAGGACCAGUUUAGAGUUCUUUUAGACUCAAGUAGGUGAUAAGCACACAAUUAAAAUCGUUUGUAGAAAAAAAAA